UGUGAAACAACCAAACCAAAAUGAAUCGAACGGGUUGAGCUCAAAUCGAGUCCCGCCCAUGUCCCUCCUUCCUUUCGACCUAUGACCGCGCCCAGAUCCGCUGCUUCCUCGUCCUCCACCACCGCCGUCUCACGAUCUUGCACCUCUUCGCCGCCUUCCGCGCUCUCCGUCGCGGGCCUCCUCAACUCCUGCCGCUCCCUCCGCGGCCUCCAGCAAAUCCACUCCCGCAUCAUCCGCAAGGGCCUCGAGCAGCACCCUGUCCUCGCCACCCGCUUCCUUUCCCUCUGCGCCGCCUUCGCCGCCCCGGCCUACGCUUCCUCCGCCUUCGAGCGCCUCACUGCCCCCAACCUAAUCACCUGGAACGCCCUCCUCAGCGCCCACGCUCAGUACUCCCCCCUCCCCACCAUCGUCGCCCUAUUCAACCUCCUCCGCCGACGCUGCCCCAUGCCUCCCGACGCAUUCACUUUCCCUUCCCUCCUAUCAUCCUGCUCUCGUUCGGAGGCAGCCGCCGUCGGCUCCUCUGUCCACGCCACCAUACUCCGAUAUGGCCUCGAAGCUGAUGUCUUCGUCGGGACGGCCCUCAUCGAUUUCUACGGCAAGUGCCGCGAGCUUGGUGCGGCGAGGAAGCUAUUUGAUUCUCUACUGCACCGGAAUGAGGUAUCUUGGACAGUAAUGAUUGCUGGUUACUUGAGUUCUGGCGAUGUAGCAUCCGCAAUGUCUCUGUUCUAUGAAAUGCCCAGGAGAAAUGUGGUAACCUGGAACUCCAUGAUCGAUGGAUAUGUCAAGUCUGGGGAUUUGGUAAGUGCCCGGACACUUUUCGAUGAAAUGCCUCAUAAGAAUGCUGUCUCAUAUACUUCAAUGAUUGAUGGAUAUGCUAAAGCGGGGGACUUGGCAUCAGCUAAAGUCUUGUUUGAGCAGUCACCAGAUAAGGAUUUGUUUUCAUGGUCAGCCAUGAUCUCCGGGUAUGCUCAGAAUGGUCGGCCAGGUGAUGCUAUGAAGAUAUUUCUUGAGAUGUACAAUGGGAAUAUCAAGCCUGAUGACCACAUUGUGGUUGGUUUGAUGUCAGCGUGCUCCCAAUUAGGCAGUCUCACCUUGGCCAAAUGGGUGGACUCUUACGUCAUUAAGAAUGGAAUCGACAUCACAAAGGCCCAUGUGUUGGCUGCUCUGAUAAACAUGAACGUGAAGUGUGGAAACAUGGAAAGAGCUGCCAAGUUAUUUGAAUCAAUGCGGAGUAAGGACUUGGUAUCCUAUUCUUCUUUGAUGCAGGGGUAUUCUAUUCAUGGUGCCGGACACAAAGCAUUGGAGUUAUUCUCCCAAAUGCUAAAGGAAGGGCUUUUGCCUGACAAUGUUACAUUCACAGUGGUUCUCACAGCAUGUAGUUAUGCUGGUCUAGUCGAAGAAGGAAAAAAGUAUUUCGAGCUAAUGAAACAUAAAUAUCUGAUUGCUCCUUCUUCUGAUCAUUACGCAUGCAUGGUGGAUCUUCUUGGGCGGGCAGGCAGGUUAAAAGAAGCUUAUGAGCUAAUCAAGUCGAUGGAUGUGGAGCCUCAUGCCGGAGCUUGGGGAGCAUUACUUGGGGCUUGUAAAACGCUUGGUGAUAUAGAGUUAGGGGAAGUUAUUUCUAAAAGACUCUUUGAGUUAGAGCCAACAAAUGCUGGUAAUUAUGUGGUGCUCUCAAACAUCUAUGCUGUAGCAGAUAGGUGGGCCGAUGUAUCAAAGGUAAGGGCUAUGAUGAGAGAGAAGGGGAUCAGAAAAGUGCCCGGUUGUACUUGGAUCUAGUUAUCCAGAAUAGCAUUCCUGCCUUUUGAUUGUUGUUGCCGGAGAGAGAAAGACUCACAUUUCCAUGAUUGUUGCAGAGCUUGGUUUUUGGAAAUUCCAUCAUAUACAGGACCAGAAUGUUUCUGAACUCUCUUCAUCUUCUGCUCUAUCUAUUUGUAUGAAGAAUUCACUGUAUGAAGCUUAAAAGAACAGUGACAUGGCUUUGAAUAGACUUCUUAUAUUUCUAUUGGAAGCCUAACUAUGUUGUCAUAUUGCUGGGUCAGGAGGGGAUAUCAUUAUGCAUCAGAAGUUGGUAAUGGUUCUAUUAGCACAUGGUGUAAGUCUCAAAUGAUUACCUUCUCAACUUUUGGGCGACAAAGGAUUUUGAAAGGGGCUGUUGCCUCGUCGAUGAUGCUAUUAAAGUGUUCCCAGUGUCAGGAUGCUUGAAACAAUGUCGAGCCCUCUGGAUUAUCUGAGAAGUGUUACUUGUGCCAUAUCCUUGAAGUGAUGAGCCUCUCGUCGUGCCUCUUUCAAAAUGGUGCUUUUCAAGCUAAAGCAUACGUUAACUAAAGAAGAACGUGCUUACAAUUGAUGAAGAUUUGAUAGCCUCUACUUUAUUGUAUUUUUGUUAGGAUGUUCUUACUCGCCGAUCUUUCAUUGAUAAUUUACGCCAAUGUUUACUAUUUCCCAAGUCUAUAUCAUUCUGUCCUGCGAAUGGAACUUGUUAUUAUUACAUCUGAUCACUGCAAAAGAGAGGAAUAUUGAUUUGCAAA